AUGGCUGCUGCUGCUGCUGUUCGAGUGCCUGCGGUGAAUGGCACGAAACGAAAAGAGAGUGAAGGGACGGAGAGUAGCGACGGGGAGGGAGAACCGUUCCCUGAGCUGGAUCCGAGGAGUGACACAGUCGAUGAGGAGGAUGAAGAGGACAACGAUCCAGAAGACGAAAGUGAUGAGGAAGAAGAAGAUUCUGAAGAAGACGAGGACGACGAGCAAGACCCAGACGCUCGACUAGAUCGCCUCAUCGCAAAAUACAGCGAAAAGCCCGACGAGAGCGACCCGACCGAGCAUCGCGCUGCCGACCCACGCGCUCCCAAAAUCGUCCAGUCGGACAUAACCGGUUUCCCGAAAAAGGUCUACCCGGACAUCGACCCCGUGUAUGACAGCGACUCGAGCACGGAGGAAGACCCGAAUCGGAUCGGAAACGUCCCUCUGGAAUGGUACGACGACCUGCCACACAUUGGGUAUGAUAUUUAUGGGAAACGGGUGCUGCGGCCUGCGAAGGGCGACGAGCUGGACAAGUUCCUCGCUACGGUCGAGGAUCCCACGUCUUGGAGCACGGCGGUGGACAAGCGUACUGGUGCGCAAGUGCAGCUCUCCCCAGAAGAACUGGACAUCAUUGGCCGUCUUGCGCGCGCGGAGAACCCCGAUGCGGAAUACGACCCGUACGAGCCUAUGGUUGAAUGGUUCACCGGUCCAGGGAAGGAGAGGAGCAUGCCCCUCAGUGGGAGGCCGGAGCCGAAGGGCCGGUUCGUGCCCAGUAAGUGGGAGCACAAGAAGGUGAUGAAGAUCGUGCGCGCUAUCCGGCAGGGGAAGAUCACACCUCAUGGACCUGCUGCGCCCCAGCAGCCGCAGUUCUAUGCGUUGUGGAACACGGGGGACGAGGCGAACGACGCGCACCCGCCGCCGCUCGUCGCGCCCAAGGUCCGGCUGCCGACGCACUCGGAAUCCUACAACCCGCCAAAAGAGUACCUGCCUACAGAUGGGGAGAAAAAAGAGUGGGAAGCACAGGAUCCCUCCGAGAGGGAAGAAGACUACCUCCCCCGAUCGCACGACACGUUACGCCAAGUGCCGGGGUACGACCAGUUUAUCUCAGAACGGUAUUCCCGCCAGCUAGACCUCUACCUCGCCCCCCGCGUCCGGCGUGUAAAGCUCAACAUCGACCCCGAGUCACUCGUCCCCCAUCUGCCGAGCGUCAACGAGCUCCGCCCAUUCCCCAUAGCGCAAAACGUCGUCUUCCCCCACCAGGCGCGCGUGCGCGCUGUAAGCUGGAGCAUGGACGGGACGUGGCUUGUGACGGGGGACGAGGCGGGUACGGUCAGGUGCUGGGAGGCGGAAGUCGGGAAAUGUGUUUGGGAAGCAGGGUUUGAAGGGCCUGUGGGAGCGGUGGAGUGGUGUCCGAAGUACGAUUUCUUCCUGAUUGCGCAUCUUGCCUGGCACAACAAAGGCGAUUACUUCGCUUCCGUCGCUCCUGAUGCCGGAGCGGGGAGUGUGUAUAUCCACCAGGUGACGAGGCACUCGAGUCAGAGCCCGUUUAAUAGGAUGAAAGGGAGUGUGCAGCUCGUGAGCUUCCACCCGCGUUUACCGCAUUUCUUUGUCGCUACACAGCGCUACGUAAGACAAUACGACCUCGCUAACCAGCGGCUCGUGCGCACCCUCCACCCAGGCCUGAGGUGGAUCUCCUCCCUCUCCCUGCACCCCUCAGGGCAACACCUGCUCGUGGGGUCGUACGACCGCAAACUCGCCUGGUUCGACCUGGAGAUGGGUACAAGACCGUUCAAAGUCCUGCGGUAUCAUUCUCGCGCUAUCCGGGGACUGGCGUUCAGCCCGCAUUAUCCGCUGUUCGCUACUGCCUCGGAUGACGGCACGCUCCAGUUGUUUCACGCGACGGUGUACGCGGACUUGAUGCAGGACCCGAGGAUCGUGCCGCUUAAGAUUCUGAGAGGGCACGAGGUGAGGGAAGGCUUGGGUGUGUUGGGCGUCAGGUGGCACCCGAGGUUCUGUUGGUGUGUUAGUGUAGGGGCGGAUGGGAAUGCGGUUCUGUGGGCUAACUAGUUUACUACUGGCAAGGGAGUCCUAUACGGCGUAUACUUAGCGUGCGCAUAUGAGCAGCAUAUAUCUGACGUGCGGGGAUGCGUGCAUGAAUUCCAUUCUUCUGCCCCUUGCCUGAACACAGUAUACUACCUUUUCGCCUUCGGUCUCCCAUGCUUACCCUUCUCCUCCAACUGCUUCUUCUCCUUCUCCCUCUUCUCUUCCCUCUCCCGUCUCCGCUUCGCCCCCUGGGAAAUAGCGUUCAUCUUAGCGGGAUCAUCUCUCAAAUAGAACAGCCUGCUCCUGCUCCUUCGUUUCUCGCUCCUCUGCACCUGCAUAUCGACGAUAUUCUCCGACCCGACAGUGAAACGCAUCUCUACCCCAGUCCGGUGUACCACGUUCCGUAAUACGAAGGAGCUGUCGGGUCCUUUGUGCCUUAUUUCCAUGAGUACGCCGGAGAAGGAGAAAGGGGCGCGUUUGAGUGUCAAGUGCAGGAUCGACCCGGGUACGAUCCGAUUUGCACUUCUGCGGGCAAAGAAUGUCUGGAGAAGUUUUUGGGUGCGCUCGGUUGGUGAGUUCUGGCGUAGGUGGAUCAUUAGCCCUUUUCCUCGCUUUAGCUUUGGGGAUACGGGCAGGGAUGGAGGUGGGAUGAGUUGGGCUGAGGGGUUGAAGGGGUAGAGCGUGCCUG